CCUCCUCUAACCUCGAUUUUUAUUUUGUCGACUUCCGGCUACUUUCAGCGUACCACUCAAACGCUGACUUGCAUGUUGUUCCAUAGAGAAUAGUGUGCGCACGCGCCUGGAGUAGGAAGCAUAAUUUUGUGAAAACUCCGUUUGUAGUCCCAGACCAUGAACUACGUGGGGCAGCUGGCAGAGUCGGUGUUUGUGACGGUGAAGGAGCUGUACCGGGGCCUGAACCCAGCCACGCUCACGGGGGGCAUCGAUGUCAUCGUGGUGCGCCAGCCCGACGGCAGCCUCCAGUGCUCCCCAUUCCACGUGCGCUUCGGCAAGCUGGGGGUGCUGCGCUCCAAAGAAAAAGUGGUGGACAUUGAGAUCAACGGGGAGCCAGUUUACCUGCAAAUGAAGCUGGGGGACAAUGGAGAAGCUUUUUUCGUGGAGGAAAAUGAGGAUUUUGAGUCCAGAGUGCCAGCCCACCUCUGUACGUCACCCAUCCUCAUCGAGCUCCCGGAGGGGGCCGAGGAGACCUUCGAAGGCCCCCCCACUUCCGGUAGCACACGCAGGAAGAAGCGGCGGCGCAAACGCAUACGCUCCGACUCCCACCUAAGAGAUGAUGGCAGCUCCUCGUCCGAUGAGAGGGAGCGGGAGCAGACUGAACAGGAGAGCCCUUCCAAAGAAGAGCUCACCACAUCCAUGCUCGCCAGUAAGUCUAUGUACUUCUCGCUGUCUGAGCAACCGUAUGAAGAGUUGGGGGCCGUGCAGACCAGGGACGUACACCCUCACUCAGAGGGAGAGUGGUCCCCCUCAGAGAGCAGUGUGUUCUACAGUCGUCCUUCCUCCCCCAAGAGUGACUCCGAGCUACUGGUGAAGCCUCAGGAGUCCUCAGGGCCUCAGAUGCAGUGGAACUGGGGUGGCUUUCCAAAGAUGUGUUUGGCGGAGAGGGGGACGGUGGAAGUGCAGCGCGUCUCCCCUGGUAUCCACUGCUCGGACAGCUCCCACUUCCGCACCAUCCAGUGGCAGGACUCCUUCGACAUGGGCCAGGAGCCCGAUUUCAGCUGUGGCAGAGCGAACAGUAGCGUAACUGUGGUGGUCAGGCCCAAGCCCAGGACAGGACCACCGGUCCCACCCACAGAGACUUCCCCCAUAGACCUGGAGAGAACCUCUAAGAGAAGCUCCAGCCCAUAUCACCCCACCGCAGAGCCACUGACUUUAGCAUCAUUAGCGAUGGCUAGCAUGGACUCUUCCCAGGCUCCAGGGCAUACAAAAAAGCAGCCCCAAGUAGAGACCCUGCAGGCAGGGGAGGAGGGAGACAAGGAGUCUGCAUCCAACCUGGAGCUGAAAGAGGCAAGAUCCUCCCUGGCUAACAUAGUUAGCAUUGCUAAUGGAGGAAAUACUGAUAGCCUAGCUAGUGAAGGAAGCAUAGGUGAUGUUGAAUGUGUAGCUAACACAGUUAGCCUAAUUGAACAAGACUGCAUAGACACACCUAUCCCACCCCAAAAGGGUAGCAAAGCUGGCACAGACAGGCUAGCUAGCAACAGGAUAGAUACUUUAGCAAACACUGCUAGCUUACCUGACACUGCUAGCUUAGCCAAUGCAGCAGGUACCAACAUUGUCACAGAGUCUCUCGAUAGGAUAGAACACCCAGACCAGGACAGUGCCUUACCAGAAACCAAUGGACAGGGGUUUGCAGAAGGAGUUAUCGUGAGUGAGUGCAACAGCGGGAUCAAGCCCUGCACCGAGGGAGGGGAGGAGAUGGAGAUCAAAUCUGUUAUGACGGACAGAGCCCCAGAGGGCUCCCUGACCAAUCAGGCUGCGGAGAGUAUUGGAGUGACAGACAUGGGAGCCACUGAGGCUCUGGGGGAGGAGCAUUCUGGCUCAGCAGUCACAACGGGCAAAGCAGAGCACAGAGACAAGAAGAAAGGUAAACGCAGUCAGCACCUAGGACCCUCCGACAUCUACCUGGACGACCUGUCUAACCUUGACCCAGAGGUGGCAGCUCUCUACUUCCCGCCUAAAGGUGAGACAGAAGGGAGCUCGCGGCAGGGUGCUGAGCAAGGGUCUGGGUCUGGUAACCAGUCUCCCCAGUCGGUGGGCAGCGGGGCCAUGGACAGCGGAACAGAGUACCUGUCGGACUCCACCUCCGACCACAUGGAUGUCAGCAUGUCCCUCUGCGGCCGCACCGGCCACACCAGCCAAAUCAACAAAGAGAAGUUUAUGGAGCAAGUUGUGAACUACCAAGAUUUGGUGAGCAACCCUGGACUUAUCGAAGAUCCAAAUCUGGUUAUCUGCAUCAACUCAAAGUACUAUAACUGGGCAGUAGCUGCCCCUAUGGUCCUGUCAAUGCAAGUCUUUCAAAAGAAUCUACCAAAGAGUGCCAUUGACCAGCUGGUGAAGGAUAAGAUGCCCAAAAAGUCUGGCCGCUGGUGGUUCUCCUGGAGGAGGAAGGACAUGGACACUAACCCAAACCAGCCUGGAGAGAAUUCCAAGCAGGAUCAAGAGAAGGCACAAGCAGAGACUGAAGAAGCCUCAACCUCUGUUUCCGGUCACUCAACAACAAUACUGGCCACUCUCGAUGACCUGACAAGCGACGAGGAGGCGGGCCUGGGCCGAGAUGGCAGCCUAUCAUCAGAGACCUCCGAGACCAUGACCACCGCCCAGUGUUUCAGCCAGAUGUACCGGAAGUCCCUACGCCUCACUUCCGAUCAGAUAGAGCGGUUGAACCUGCGGGAGGGGGCCAACAAGGUUGUGUUCAGCGUGACCACUCAGUACCAGGGCACCUGUCGCUGCGAGGCCGCCAUCUACCUGUGGAACUGGGACGACCGCGUCGUCAUCUCCGACAUCGACGGCACCAUCACCAAGUCUGAUGCUCUUGGGCAUAUCCUACCUCAGCUGGGGAAAGACUGGACGCACCAGGGCAUCGCCCGACUGUACCACAAAAUCCACCAGAACGGCUACAAGUUCCUGUACUGUUCGGCGCGGGCCAUCGGCAUGGCCGAUAUCACCAAGGGCUACCUGCAGUGGGUGAACGACAAAGGCACCGUCCUCCCCAAGGGCCCUGUUCUGCUGGCCCCCAGCAGUUUCUUCUCUGCCCUGCACAGAGAGGUGGUGGAGAAAAAGCCUGAGGUGUUUAAGGUCGCCUGCCUUACCGACAUCCGAGAUCUGUUCAACCCCCAGAGGCAGCCCUUCUACGCAGCCUUCGGUAACAGGACCAAUGAUGCCUAUGCCUAUAAGAAGGUGGGUGUCCCUGACACCAGGAUCUUCACUGUGAACCCUAAAGGAGAGCUCAUUCAAGAGAAGACCAAAGGGAACAAGUCAUCGUACACACACCUCGGUGAGCUGGUGGAGCACUUCUUCCCUGAGAUCUCCAAGGAUGGGACUUCAUCCUCCUUCCACUGCCCUGAGUACAGCCACUUCUCCUACUGGAGAGAGCCCCUACCACCACUGGACAUGUCCUCUCUGGACUAGACACACACACACACACACACACCACUGGACAUGUCCUCUCUGGACUAGACACACACACACACACCACUGGACAUGUCCUCUCUGGACUAGACACACACACACACACCACUGGACAUGUCCUCUCUGGACUACACACACACACACACACACACACACACACACACACCCCACUGGACAUGUCCUCUCUGGACUAGACACUAGCGCGCAUGCACACACUUUCUUUCCUCCCCUUUGCUACUUUUCCUUCUCUCUCGCUCUCUGUCGAUCCGUUUCUGAAUUCAUAAAUGGCUUUACUAAGUGUUCAUUGCCUGGAAUAUUCUAGAUGUGAAAGAUUCUCAUUUAAUAUACUCUAUAUUCUCCUGUGUCAUUAAUCUAAUGCUAUAGAGAAGACAAAGCUAAAGUAUGGAUUUCAAAAACAUACUGGGACACACACACACACACACACACACACACACAGACAUGCACAGAGCUAAAUUGAGACCAAAUAUGCAUUGAUGACUGUUAAGUUUACGCAACACUGUAUACUUCAUAUCGUGGAAUAUUGAUUGCAAAAAGUCACUGCACUGGCCGUGCCAUAUUGCCAUUAUCCAAACGAUACUGGAGCAAGGUACAUUUGUGCAUCUCAAGAGUUCCAAAAAGAGCGUUGCCAUUUUAAAACACAGUUAGCAAACCUGCAUACUAAUAUACUAUACAAAUUAUAACAUCUACGUACAGACGCAACUGGACAAAAAUACCCUUCUGAAUUAAGUUUGUUUUCUCACUUUUUUGCCUGAACUUUCUACUUCAUUUGGUGUAUGCAUACAAUUCCAUCCUAUAUAUUGUUUUGAAAAACAUAUGUAUUAGCUCAUUGUACUAUUGAGCGCAAAACAGCUUUUUAGCGUAGAAAAGGUAAGUAAGCCUUCAGCUUGAUUUGAAAACAAAGCCCCCCAAAAAACAAUGCCAAACCAUGUGAGUAUUUAUGCCUUGUGUUCUAGUGGGACUGAUCUGGAAUUGUCCAACUUUCUCUCUGCCUGUACUCGCUAUAGUCCAUUGCAGUGACGACUCAGUAGUCUGCUUUAAAGGGAUAGUUCACCCAAAUUCCUCCCUUUUUUUUCUGUACUUUAAAAGUAGUCCGUAGACUAUUAUGAUAGACUGCAGUACACUCUUCCCAUGUGAUGGUGGAACAUUGAAUGUCAGCAUUACCAAGUAACCGUACUUUGAGUUUUACAUUAGAUGAGUAAAGGACAAAAACAUUUUAUUUUUACAAUGCUAAAAUGAGAUUAGUGUAAAAACUCUAAAAAAGCAAUAGAAGUGUGUGUGCAUGUUGACCCCAAAGAGUAUAUUGUAGCUCGAAAAUACAGUCAUUGUAAUGGAGACAAUGUGUUGAGUUGUAGCCUGGCGUGAUGAGUAAGCCCAUCCGUCUGAGACCAAAAUGACUUGAACUGCUGCUUUUGACUGGAAGCUAGCUUUUUGAUCUAGUUUAUAGUUGACUUCGCUAUGUAUUUUGGACCUCUUGCAUCAAGGAUUUGGUAGCAGUUGGAUACACACAGGCCCCAACCAGAAACGAGACCCAACCAGAAGCAAUGCCUAGCCCCUGCCCCCGCAGUGGUCAGGGUGGUGCAUCAGGCUUCUUGCACCCUGGAAAAAGUGUUUCAGCUUUACACAAGAGACGCGGGAGUAGGGUCUAGGGUUUGUUUCAGGACAGGUGCAAUGGCAUAGUAGGUUAGAGGUUGAUUCUAAAGUCUGGGUUAAAGCUAUAGCCCCUCAUUAGCUUUUGUCACGCAGAGGUGCGUUAUGGGCGAGAUCUUAGCAGAAUGUGUGUUGCUACUAGUUAACAGUAGGCUCGGAUCACACCACUCUCUUUAAGGUUACUACACUUCAUGUUUUCGAGCUGAGCCAUAUAGAUAUUUAUAUAUGGUUUCGAUGCGGUUUUAUACGAGGCCGUACGUGAAUCGGACACAUUCCAGGGUUGAGUAAAUAGAACCGGUUGGGGAAUUGAAAUGGUCUGGUUUGACACGGUGCCUUAUUGUUUAUAUGAUUCAUAAGCUUUUUAUAUGUAUUGAUAUUUCUAAAUAUAUUGUUUAAUGUCAUCCAAAGUAAUACCAUGGGCUCUGUGUGGAGACUAGAGAAAUUGCAUUGGACCCGAAAAGCCCUGUUGUUGCUGUAAGUUUUUAUCAAAUUAUCCUAAUAUAAAGUAAAUACUGUAAAACACA